AUGCGCCGGCGGCCCCCCUGGGGGCUGGGGGCUACCGCGGGGAGCGCGCCGGGCCAGCCAACACCGAAGGCGGCCGCGGCGCCGCCCUGCGCCCACUCAGCAGCGGCGGGGCUCGAGCUGGCGACCACUCUCGAGUCCGUCGGCUUCGGGGGUGCGCUGGGCGACGCUCUGCUGGCAGGCGUCGGCGGCGACGCGGACACCUCUGUCAGCGACUUCGUCUCGAUCCAGGAGUCGGACCUGGCGGAGAUGAUCAACCAGAUCGGGGGCCUGCCUGCGAGCCUCAUAACUCGCGGCCGCGCGGCGCGGGCGGUCCGGGCGGUCUUCGGCGCAGCGGGUAUACCGCCGCCGGACCUGGGCGCGCCGCCGCCCCAGGUUGCCGUCGUUGAGGCGCGCGACAGGCACGCCCAGGUCACAGGGGGGCCGCCGCCGGCGAACGCCCGGCCGUCGGCCGAGCAACUCUCGGGGCUUGCGGCCCGGCUGAGGGGCAAGGCCACACCGUGCGUCGAUUUCGGGGCGUUCGGGCCUUAUGGCCGCAGACAGACCAAGGCACGGAAGUUCGAGGCGCAGACCUUCGUCGACGGGCGCCUCGAGACGAGGGUGCUCACGGGCCCUUCGAACUUCGAGGCCUGGCGGUCGGCCUGGCAAGUCUUCCGAUCCUGCGUGAUCUCCCUCGGGGCCGCGCCGCCUGCGGCGCUGGACGCGCACGAGGAGGGCAUCCGCCAGUUGUCAGUCAUGCGCCCGUCCCACUGGGGCGUCAUCCUCAGGGCCGACGACACAGUCUGGUCCGAGAAGUGGGACGAGCUCUUGGAGGAGCACCUCGCGGGCGACCCGGAGGGCGAGCAGGCGUGGACGCAGGUCCUCGAAGCCUCUGCCUGCGGCGGCCAGAGCAGGGUCUCGGGAGCUGGCGGCGGCGGCACCCCGGCCGUAGAGAAGUCCACCGAGAUGUGCAACCUCUGGAAUAACAAACCAACAGGCUGCAGGUCGCCGUGCACGUGGGGCCGCAAGCACGUCUGCCGUGUCCGCGGAGGAACGCAGCCCGGCGGCGCGGCCGCCGUGCGCGCGGAGGACGCUGACGCGGCGGUGGCCUUACUAGCGCGCACCGCCUCUGGCCGCGCGCACCGGCACGUCCUCCGCGGCGGGGCGCAAACGCCCGCCGCCGACGCGAAGCGGGCGGAGGAUGCCGCUUGCCAGGCGGGUUUGCGAAACCCGGGGGUCCUCCGGCGAGCGCGGUCUGGCCUCUGGUCCACGACGGCGCCGAUCGCGGAUCUCAUCGCCACGCACCGGCAGCGGGGGCCCUUGCUGCAGGGGCUGGCCGGCGCGUGCGGCGCCACGCCAACGCGCCAGCCGCCGCCGGCAGAAUGCCUGCUGCCGCUGCGCCGCGCGCUCGCCGGGCACCCUGGCAUCGGCGCAGUGGCAUCGGAGCAGCGCCACCCCGCCUCCUCGCGGCGACCAGAGAUCGCGCGCGAGGAACAGCGGCGGGACGGGGACCCUGACUCGGAGAUUCAGGAGGCCCUGCUCUGGCCAUUCGGGCGGUCGGGAUUGGGCCACGCUGCCGCCGCCGCCGGUCGCCUGCAGCUCUACGUCGACGACCCGGUUUUCACCGUCGGCGGGCGCGCGGGCGGCAGCGCAAUUGGCGAUCGACCUUGCUCUUACCUGGCGGCCCCCCUCGGGGCGCCGCUCGCCCGGAAGAAAGGCGCGCUCUACGCGCGCGAACACCGGUGGGUCGGAGCCACGUUCAUGCCCCGUUCGUCUGGCAAGGUUCACGUUAUGCUGCCCGACGAGUUCUUGACGAAUCUCUCCAUGCUCCUCGGGCCCGUCGCGGCGGGGUCAGGCCAUGCGUCUUUGGCAUCUGCCCGCCGCGUCGUCGGUAAGUGCGCACGGGUGGCCUACGUGGCCCCUGGCGCGGCGCCCUUCGCGGCCGCUCUCUGGGGCGCCCCUGCUGGCGCUGCGGCGGCCGACAGGGAGGCGCCUCCGGGUCGCGUCGCGCGCAGGAGAUUCGGCGCUGCCGCGAGGUGGAUGCAGGCGCUCGUCGACCCCUCCGGUCUCGAUCUGCUACCCCUUCGGCGAGUCGGCAGUGCCCAUGACGACCAGCAAGGGCGCGCUUCCGACGCCGUGGUGAAAUUCGACGCUUCACCGUGGGGCGCCGGCGCGGCGCUCUACAGGCGCGGCACACCCGUCGAGUUCUUCGCCCUCGAAUGGUCGGACGACAUCUGCGGUCUGUUCAACGUGGGCACGGGCGACCCGAGGUGCCAGUCUUUCUGGGAGUACCUCACGGUGUUCCUGGCGUUGUGCGCGCGGGGGGAGUCGUUCCGCACCGAGGUCCUCACCAUUGCGGGCGACAGCGCCCCGGCCUUGGAGGGGGCCCUCACCCUCCGCUGCAAGGGCCUCCUCAACCACAUCACCCGCGAGAUCGCGCAGCGGCUCUCGCGGCGCCAGUGGGAGUACGUGGCCACCCACCUUCCGGCGGAGCACAACAAGACCGCCGACGCGCUUCCGCGGUCGGCAGCGCCGGACCGCGCAGCGUUCCCGGCGGAGCCCGCGGGGGCGACGCAGGCCAGCCCGCCCGCCGCCUUCGACCUCUUCGCGACGACGAGGGCGCCGCCGGGGCGCGCGCCGUGA